UGCCACCGCCCCUCCCUCCUUGCCGCGCGGCGCUCUGACGUCAUCAUCGGGCGCCGCCGCCAUCAUGUCGCCGCGGAGCAGCCGCCGCACCGGCGCGCACCGCGCCCGCUCCCUGGGCCGCCAGGCCAAGGCGAAGCGGCGCCGCCGGGACCUGGACGAGAUCCACGCGGACCUGCGGCCCGAGGUCGCCGCCAAGCUGCUGCGGCAGGAGCCCGACCCCGACCUGCCGGGCUGCGCCCAGUUCUACUGCCUGCACUGCGCGCGCUACUUUGUGGAUCUGACCAGCAUGAAGGAGCACUUCAGGUCCAAGGUGCACAAGAAAAGGUUGAAACAGCUGAGUGAGGAGCCGUACACGCAGGAGGAGGCGGAGAGAGCAGCUGGCAUGGGAUCCUACAUCCCCCCGAAGAAGGUGGAAGUACAGACCCAGCCGAUUGAUGAAGAAAUCGAGAUGGAGGCAUCCAGCUGAGUGCAGGGGACUAACGAGCCAGGGCUGCCCUGUUUGCAGGUGCCUUUGUUACAGUGCUGCAAAAAGGGUGUCCUUUCACUGAGCCCUGUGAGGAAAACGAGCUCUAUCCAGCCUCCUAGCAACCAGAGCUAACAGUUUUCCUGGCAGCUUUCCUGGCUGAAGAGCUAAUGAGGAGAAGGCAGCCAGAGAGACCUUGGAUGCCCUCGCUGGGGAGGACGCUUGUGUACUGUGUGCCUGGCAGUGGGCUGUGCAUUCUCCUUCCUGGGGAAGGGACAAGCAGCAUCUUGGUGUAAACGUUAGCACAACUGUGCACUCAUCUCUCUGGUUUUAGAGCAGUUUUAGAUACUUCUCCCUGGGUUCAAGGUUGACACCUGUAGGUCACCCAUUAAAGUACGUUAAUUGGUCGGC